GUUGAGGCGCGGGAGGUUUGGAGCUGGCGGCUGGUUCCCGUAGGUGCGCGCGGGUAUGGAGGACUACGAGCGGGAGCUGUACGGCGUCGAAGACGACUUCCACAGCCAGUUCGCGGCCGAGCUCGAGGUGCUGGCCGAGCUGGAAGGUACAGCGGCCCUGUCACCCCCCAGGGGCCCCCAGGCGGGCCCGGUCCGGCUGACGUUUGAGGAGGCCAUCGCUGGAGGGGACGCUGCCACUCCCCGCUCUCCAGGUGGACCUCCAGGGAGCUGCAGUGGCGGUUCCAGGAAGAGGCCGCAGGCCACCAACGUUCAGAAGGACAGGACGCUGCUCCAAACCCCCAGGCUAAAGCGGCCCAGGCUGGAGGCAGUCAAGAGGCUGAACUUCGGGCGGGAUGAGGUGGAAGAGCCGCUGCUUCCUGACUCCCCGCCUCAGUACAUCACCCCCCCACAGAGUCCCGAGGUCCCUGCUGAGCUGUGGGACGAGGGGCCCGUGGAUGACGGUGCUGACAUGAGUUGCAUACGGGCCUCACCAGCCACCCGAAAUCCCGUCCUGAGGCGACCCCCUGUCCUGGAGGACUACAUCAACGUGACCUCCACGGGUGGUGACCGGGCCUUUCUGGUGCUUCGCACUGACCCAGUGGGCACUGGGGUGCAGAGCCCUUUACAGGACAUCCGGUGGCGUGGCCGUGGCCAGCUGGACCUGCUGGGUGUGUCCUUCGCCUCUCUGAAGGAGCAGGUCGACAAUGAGCGGCGGCAGCGAUUGCUGGAAGAGGCCCAGCAGCUCUCGGAUACACUACACAGCCUCAGGGCAGAGGAGGUGGAGGAGGAGGCCCAGCCUUUGGAGGCCCGUGAGAAGCCGGCCCACAGCCAAGAUGACUCCCAGCACCGCCUCUGGGUAGACGAGUUUGCACCUCAGCACUACACAGAGCUGCUCAGUGAUGACUUCACGAACCGGUGCCUCCUCAAAUGGCUGAAGCUGUGGGACCUGGUUGUGUUUGGCCGAGAGAGGCCGGCCCGGAAGCCCAGGCCCAGUGUGGAGCCAGCCCGGGGAGGCAAGGAGGCCACAGCCUCCAGCAAGUGGAAAAGCCACGAGCAAGUGUUGGAGGAGAUGCUGGAGGCUGAGCUGGACCCGAGCCAGCGGCCCCGGCAGAAGGUGGCACUUCUGUGUGGACCCCCGGGGCUGGGCAAGACCACCCUGGCCCAUGUGAUCGCGAGGCAUGCUGGGUAUUCUGUGGUGGAAAUGAACGCGAGUGAUGACCGCAGCCCUGAGGCCUUCCGCACGCAUAUUGAGGCGGCCACACAGAUGGAGUCGGUGCUGGGUGCUGGCGGGAGGCCCAACUGCCUGGUCAUCGAUGAGAUCGAUGGGGCCCCCACGGCUGCCAUCAACGUGCUUCUCAGCAUCAUCGACCGCAAGGGCCCGAAGGAGGCGGAGCCUAAGGGCCUGGCCGUACCAGCGGGCGGGGCGCGGCGGCGGCGGGCGGAGGCGGGGCUCCUGAUGAGACCGAUCAUCUGCAUCUGUAACGACCAGUUCGCACCCUCCCUGCGGCAGCUGAAGCAGCAGGCCUUCCUGCUCCAUUUCCCCCCCACGCUGCCCUCCAGGCUCGUGCAGCGGCUGCAGGAGGUCUCGCUACGGCAGGGCCUGCAGGCCGACCCAGGCGCGCUGGCAGCCCUCUGUGAGAAAACGGACAAUGACAUCCGGGCCUGUAUCAACACUCUGCAGUUCCUGCACGGGCGGGGCCAGCGGCAGCUGAGUGUUCAGGCCGUGCAGACCGCACGAAUUGGCCUCAAGGACCAGCGCAAGGGGCUCUUCUCUGUGUGGCAGGAGAUCUUCCAGCUGCCUCGGGCCCAGAGGCAACGCGUGGGUCAGGACCUGACUCUGCCCACCCACCUGCUCCUGCUGGGUGACGGGCUCCCAGGGCCCCACGCUGCCAACACGCCUCUGACCUUGGCCGCACAGCGGUUCUACCGCAUCCUGCACACGGCCGCGUCGGCCGGCGAGCACGAGAAGGUAGUCCAGGGCCUGUUUGACAACUUUCUGCGCCUGCGGCUGCGAGACUCUAGCCUGGGCACCGUGUGCGUGGCCCUCGACUGGCUGGUCUUUGAGGACUUGCUGGGCCAGGCUGCCCACCACCGCCAGAGCUUCCAGCUGCUGCGCUACCGGCCCUUCCUGCCCGCCGCCUUCCACCUGCUGUUCGCCUCCAGCCACGUGCCCAGGAUCGCUUUCCCCAGUAGCCAGCAGGAGGCCCAGAACCGGAUAAACCGGGUGCAGAACCUGAUCCAGACGCUGGUGUCAGGCAUCACCCCGGCCACACGCAGCCGAACCUCCCCCCAGGCCCUCGUCCUGGACACCCUUUGCUUGCUCCUGGACAUACUCGUGCCUAAGCUGCGCCCUGUGAGCACGCAGCUGUACAGCACCCGUGAGAAGCUGCAGCUGGCCAGCCUUGUGGCCACCAUGAUCGCCUACAGCCUGACCUACCGCCAGGAGCGCACGCCCGAUGGGCAGUACGUCUACAGCUUGGAGCCGAACGUGGAGGAGGUCUGCCGCUUUCCCGAGCUGCCUGCCCGAAAGCCCCUCACCUACCAGGCCAGGCAGCUCAUCGCCCACGAGAUCGAAGUGGAGAAGAUGCGUCGGGCAGAGGCCUUGGCCCGCAAUGGGGACAGCGCCCAGGUGGACGAGAGUCCCUCCAGGGCCACGGGUCCACAGGAGGUGGCUGCGGGGGAAGGGGCACCGCCACCCGCCCCACGCAGCCACGAGCCCUGGCUGGAGCGCAUCCUGAAGAGAGCUGCCCAGGAGGACCAGCCGGAGAGGGAUUUUUUCGGCCGCUUGGUUGUCAGGAGAGCAGCAGCCCCCCAUGCAGAGGACGCAGCCCCUGCGACAGACUCGGCCGAGCGGCGCAUGGGCAGUGCGGUGGGUAGGAGCGACGUCUGGUUCCGCUUCAAGGAGGGCGUCUCCAACGCUGUGCGGCGUAGCCUGCACGUCAGGGAGCUCCUGUAGCCAAGCCACACUGAGCUCCCGGGCUGACGCCGGAAGCCCCGGUCUACACCGGACACCCCAGAUCCAUGCCGGAUGCCACAGGGCC